AAGCCACAAAGUGAUUCCAUGAAAACGAGGACCGGACAAAAAGAUGACGCUCCGACAUGUGAGGCCGGUAACCACAGAGGGGAAUUUGUGCAGAAAGGGACAUGACGAGGGAGAUUGAAGCUUUGGGAGCCGAGCUAAAGAAGUCAAGAGAAGAAGUGGAAAAGAGUCAUGCAGAGAUCAGGAAGCUGCAUAGUGAGCUGUCUCAGUCAGAAACCAGGCGGGAGGUGGUAGAAAAAAAGGCAGCCGAGCAGCUGACGAGGCUGACAGAAUCAGCCAAUCAAAAGGAAGACAUCAUUUUGGAAAACGAGAGCCUUUCAAUGCAGGUGAAGGCGCUGCAGAAUAAACUGAUGGCCCAGCUCCGGGAGAAGAAUGAUGCUUUGGCUCUGAAGGCACAAACGGAGGAGCAAUAUAACAUCCUUGCUGCUCAGCUCAAAGCAAAGACCGUCGCUCUGGAGGAGCUGAACUCCGAGUACAUCGCUGUGAAACGAGGACAGGGCAGCAGGGAGGAUCAGGCCGCCGCUCUCGUCUCCCUCAGAGCACGCUACAACGGCAUCAGAGCUAAGUAUGAUGCACUCCUUAAAAGAAAAAGCCAAACCGAUCUGGAUGUUGCGCCCUUAAAGGCCAAGCUUUCUUGCCUGGUGGUGAAGUGUCAGGAGAGAAACAGCUUGUUAGCCGAGAUGAUGAAGUCCAUGCACAGACGAGGCUGUCUGGAGCCCAGGCUGACGCAGCAGGCUGAGCAUCUGCUCAGCGAUGCCGCUCUGCAGGAUUACUCUGCUGCGUUCUCACCAGAAAGCAAAAUCCAACGCAGAGAGCAGUGUACUGACUUCACCCACGAUUUCCUUUCAGCGUUUCUAGGCUGCAACAGGGGAUUCAUGCCGGAUCCAACCUGCCCAGUUGUAUCCAGCUGUUUGAUUAAGCAGCAAAAUGAGGCCACGCCUGAAUCUGGAGCUCAGUGUGGUAAAAGUGAAAAACGCACCUCGAUAUUUGCCAAUGAGACUUCAGCAAAUCCUCAAACCUGCUGGAGAGUUGCACCUGCAGCAACAGAAACGCUAAAGGAAAACUCCCCAGGGUCAACCUCACCUUCAAGUAUUGCGGUGUCCCCCGUUGUCCCUUUAAAGGAGAGCAUGGUCACAAACUGUCCCCAGCUGUCUCCUGCCACUGGACCGCUCCAAGCAACCAGCCGACCAGAGAAAAGGGACUCUUGUCAUGUGGAGGUGAAAGAGAAGUACUCCCCUGAUACAACCGAGGUAGGGGAACGCUCGCAGAGUCCUUCCAUGGCGUCCUCAAGCACACGAGUCAGUCCGAGCAGGAGGCUGAGCAGUCCUGAGAAGAUUCUCAAUCUGAAAGAAGAGCUGCAGAAGACUCUGAUGGACAGCUUUCAGGCACCAGAGAGCAGAGGAAGAGGACAGGAGCCCCGGAGAAAUCUCUCACCUUCAGCGCCUACAGACCUACACAGACAUUUUUCUUUCAGUGUCCAACAUACUGACUCUCUGCCAGUCUCCAAAUUCUUUUGCCCCACUAAACACCCUCCAGUUGUAACUACUAAAUCUGACUCCUCUAAUAAGUCACCGACUCUUUUUAAUGCAGUUACAUCUCGCUGCGCUAACGCCAAAUUAAGUCCGAGCUUGUUUGCUUCCUGUCACCUUAAAGCAGACGGCUCUGUAACACCAGAACUUUUAACCUCUGCUGAUCUUCCUUUCAGCGCUGCAACUCACAGAAAAAACAGCUACAUUUCAUCUGAAAACACCAAGUUAGCAGCACACACAGAUCAGAAAAACAAAGUCAUUACCAUGCUUGAUUUGCCUGAUGUUGCACAUACGGAUGCAGUAAGUCCAGUCUGCGGUCGGUCUGCUCGUCUCUCUCCUGAGAGAUGCCACGAGGCUGCCACAGAUUUCACUGCUGCGAUGGAAAAUACUUCAAAACCCAGACCAGGAGCUCCAGCGGAGGUUCGCUCUGUUGAGGUCAUUAAACCGGUGGGACAGAGCAGCCUCCUGAUUGGCUGGGAGAGGCCGCAUCUCGACGAGCUCGGUUGCAGCAAUGCCACGUUUGUGUACGGAUACAGGAUUUUUGUAAACAAGGAAUUCCACAAAUCUGUCAUGAGCUCAGCGUGUACCAAGUGUAUUCUGGAGAACAUCGACCUUAGUGUCCCUGUCCACAUUGGUGUCCAGACCCUGGGCUCUAAUGGACUCCACUCUGAAAGUGUCUACACCAUUUAUCCCAACUCAAACAGAGGCUAGUAACCCUGGCUGGUUAGAUCACAUCUAACUAGCCAUUAGAUCAAGUCUAACCUCUCAGUGGGACCAAGCAGCAGUGCACGGCCAUCCACAGCUGCAGCUCUCUGUGGGAGCAUCCAACCCUCGACCUCCGUUAAGCUAACUCUGCUGGAACAACUGUGCACCAUAGGGAGAAUCCAGCCAACCAGUCAGGAAAAAGACUUCUCACACUGCUUUCACCCGCCUUUAAGCAGGCAACAACCUGAAGCUGACCCUUAAACCUCAGUUACAUGAAGAUGUCAAAGGAAGCUCUGUGAGUUUUCUGUCUCUGCAAUCAAAGGUCAUUUUCUGUGGAAAAAAAAAACCCAUAAACUACUCCUUUACUCCUUUGUCGUUGGAGUAACACCUGCAGUAGAUGCCAAUGAAGCAAGAUAAUAAAAACUGAUGAGAAAUUGUUCUUGAAGCAUGGCGUUGUCGAGUUUAAAGUUAAUUAGUGACACCGACAUUCACUGACUGUUCAUGAUCGUGUUGGAGUUGUGUCUGCAUCCUUUACACUGUGUGGACCCUAUGCUUCAUUAAAGAGCUCCACCGCUGCCUCUCUGGACUCUAACGCUGAAACGGACAUUAAAGACCUUUGGACUGAAAACACAUCGGACGUGACGGUCUCACUACUUGAUUUUUUUUUUUUUAUAUAUAUAUAUGAAGCCAAAUAUGUUUAAGACGAUUCACUCCAAAGACUCGUUUGUUCCCCCUCCUCUCACAGGUCUAUAGGAUUUCUUUCACCACAGAAGAAUAAAUUAAAAUUAAAAAAGGUCAUUUGCACACAGGGAUUAUUCAGAUCUUACAGAAGAAAUUUUAAAAAUGAGAUAAUCACUGAUAUAUUUUGUAGAGAAUAUUAUAAAAUGCCAAUAUGCUGUACCUCACACUGUAUGUCUAUUUGUAUGGGUGGCACUUCAUAUUUAAUGUUUGCACUCGGAUUACUUUCCUUUAUUUUGAUAAAUGUUCACGACACACAUAAUAUAUUGUUUUCCUACUGGCUCUGUAUGUGUGUGUAGAAUGAUCUUGGUGCAACAAAGGUAUUUUUCUAUCAGUUAUUGAUGCUGAGUUCCCAUAGAUCCAUUCAUACUGUACCAAGAAUAAACAUUUAUAAGAUAUUAACUAUCA